AUGCGCUCACUUAACCAUGCGACUCUCAUCUUUGCUUCUAAGCUCUUCCACUCAACCAAGUCCAUAGAGCAAAAAACAAUAUUUCUUCUCCAUAAUUCAACUAAACUCAAUCAUCUUCUCCAAAUCCAUGCUUUUACCAUCAAAACCUCCCUUGAUCAAAGCAAUUUUAUACUAGCCAAAUUCUUGGGUCAAUUGUUUUCGUGUUCUUCAUUCAAAAAUUUACCCUACGCACGUUCCUUAUUCGACCGUAUUCCUUCACCUGAUACUUUCAUAUGGAACUCGAUGAUCCGAGCUUACUUAAAUGCCCAAAACCCUCGAGAAUCUACAUCUCUUUUUUUCCAAAUGCGGAUCCGGGAAGACAUUGUUGUUGAUAGUUUUAGUCUUUCGCUUGUUCUUCAAGCUUGUGGAAGAUCAGUAAAUGAUAGAGAUGGUAAAAGGAUACAUACUCAUGUCUGGAAACUUGGGUUUCUUUCAGAUUUGUUUGUGCAGACUGCUCUUAUUGAAAUGUAUGCAAAAUGUGGUACAUUGGAUAUUGCAGAGGAAGUGCUAAAUGAAAUGUGUGAACCGGAUUUAGUUUCUUAUAAUGUUAUGUUAGCUGAGUAUGUUCGGGUUGGUGAGAUUGAAUCAGCUCGGUGUUUGUUUGAUAAAAUGCCUGAAAAGGAUUUGGUUUCAUGGAACACAUUGAUUCAUGGGUUCACUGCAGCUGGAAUUAUAGGGGAUGCAAGACAAUUGUUUGUUACAAAGAGAGAAUCUAAUGAAGCACUGAGGUUGUUUCAUGAAAUGCAGUUAGCCAAUGUAAAACCUGAUAAAGUUACCAUGGUUUGUGUACUGUCAGCUUGUGGCGAACUGGGUGCAUUAAACAUGGGUAAAAUGAUUCAUGAAUAUAUUAAACGAAACUAUAUCGAGGUUGAUCUGAAACUUGGGACUUCUUUAGUUGAUAUGUAUGCAAAAUGUGGAGAUAUUGCAAAUUCUCUCGAAGUGUUUAAUAAGAUGGGUUUAAAGGAUGUCUUAACUUGGAGUGCGAUGAUUAUAGGACUUGCAAACCAUGGAUUUGCAGAGCUUUCUCUUGAUCAUUUCUCCAAGAUGAUAUCAGAGGGGUUUAAACCCAAUGGUGUUACGUUUGUAGGAGUUUUAAGCGCAUGUAGCCAUGCUGGUUUAGUUGAUAUGGGAUGGAAAUAUUUCCGAUCCAUGAGCGAUAUCCAUCGAAUUGAACCCAAGAUUGAACAUUAUGGAUGCAUGGUUGAUCUUUUAGGUCGAGCAGGAUGCCUCAAAGAGGCAAGAGAGCUCAUUAGAAGUAUGCCAUUUUCACCAGAUGCUGUUGUUUGGAGGGCGCUUCUUGGUGGUUGUAGAAUCUACAAGAAUAUACAAUUAGCUGAAGAAGCUGCUGCCAAUCUUCUGCAACUAGAACCUCAAGUAGAUGAAAAUUACAUUCUCUUAUCAAAUGUAUAUUCCGAAGCCAAGAACUGGGACAAGGUAAUUAACACAAGAAAGAUGAUGAAAGGUGGGAACAUUCAGAAACUUGCCCCCGGAAGUAGUUCAAUAGAAGUUGACAAUGGUGUAUAUGAAUUCAUUGCAGAUGAUGAAUCACACCCGAAAUCAACUAAACAUUGGCAUACAUGAGCCAACAAAAUCUUCAUUUCUACUAGACAUGGGUU